CUGCGCGGAAAAUCCCAUAAGCUGAUGUGUACGAGCAGGAGCGCUCGCCAAUCGCUCUCCUUGCAUUUCUGAUCAUUACGAUCAUGCUUGGGGUGGUUGUGAUGUUUAUGCAGGGCGUUAUCGGGACGCGCGAGGGGAUCCUGACGCGUAAAGCUAGAGUGAUUGAGGGCUUGAAGAGAUAUAGCGUUAUCGCGUGUACGCUGUGCUUCAUAGUUGUCCAGGUGCUCGAUAUCAUCACGCUCACAUCCUUCAUGGACUGGAAACUAAGGCCCUUUACCUUCUUCUACUACCCCGUCUUCAGCGAGCUGCUGUGGCGCAUCACGGAGCUGGGCUAUGCCAUAUACGCGAUGAAGAAGUAUACGAGUUACUUCCGGGCACUCUAUAUGAAGCGUUCGCUUGCCAACACGUUCAUAUACGUCGCAUGGGCUUUGGCUUUCUUCAUGUGCGCCUUGACGGCGGUGUCUUGGGGCUUUCUUACAGCGUACUGGAUCAUGAUUGCGCAUCAUGGGACACAGAGCAUCACGUAUGACAAUGCUCUCAACCUGGGGGAGUUUGGUGAUUUUGACAAAGCGAAACACAUUGGCAACGGGUACGAGUCGGUCAUGGUUGUUUGGUCUCUCUUCAUGAUUGGCAGCGUAGUGUAUGUUUGGAAGGUCAAACGAGAUUGCUACCCGCCUCGACCGGCGAAUGCAAUGGAUCUUGAUGCACAGGAUAAGUACAACCAGUCCGAACCAUACAAUCUGGCAUACGAGGUGACUCGCUUCCGAUCCCCUCUCAUUAUCGUGUCGUCCCUGUUCUGCCUGAAGGGGUUGGAACAGAUUAUUGGCACUCACGUGGGCCCACUGGAAUACCAUCAUUGGGGACCUGCAUAUAUCACUGACACAGUGGUCAGUAUCCUCUGGAGAUUAUUGGUCAUUGCUAUUGGGGCCUCGUUGUUCUUGCUGCCUAUCAAGCCACCGAUGGUCAACGCAGAAAGUUAUGCGCAGACUGAUAUCUCGACCAAUGAUAUAGUAAAGGCAUGAAGCACCUAACUAGUGAUGAGUUAGCUUGAAUGGACACAUAUAUAUCAGUGCAAUAAUACCCAAAAAUAUCGACAUCGAUGCUCUACAAAACCGAAUUCUGCCUGGCAGGUUUCAUAACGCUAAUGCAGUCUCACCCAUGGAGUUAAUAUGGAUAACAACAAUGAAUCUCAAGAAUUCAUUGGUAGCCAAUCAAAG